AUUUCCGGUACAGUUGCUGACUGAUUCCCCUUGUUCCUGCUGCUCAUAGAGUCGCAGCACAUCUCCGUUUAAGCUAACAGCUACACACCGUUUCCCGGUGACUCUUUACGCGUUGAUCUUCUUCAUUAAUCCGCCAAAACGUCUUACGCAAUGAGAGGAGAUCGGGGAAGGGGCCGUGGGGGCCGUUUUGGCUCCCGUGGGGGUCUGGUACAAGGGUACCGCCCUUUUGUCCCACACAUACCAUUUGACUUUUACGUUUGUGAGAUGGCCUUCCCACGGGUGAAGCCGGCUCCUGACGAGACUUCAUUUAGUGAAGCUCUGCUGAAGCGAAACCAAGACCUGAGUCCUACCUCUAGUGAGCAGUCUUCCAUAUUGUCCUUGGUGACUAAGAUCAACAACAUUAUUGACAACUUAAUUGUAGCACCUGGGAACUUUGAAGUUCAAAUUGAGGAGGUGCGGCAAGUGGGCUCGUACAAAAAGGGCACCAUGACGACAGGACACAAUGUAGCUGACCUUGUUGUUAUCCUUAAGAUUCUUCCCACUUUGGAGGCAGUCGCUGCAUUAGGAAACAAAGUAGUGGACACUCUGCGUACCCAAGACCCAGCUGAGGUGCUGUCUAUGCUGACCAAUGAGACUGGCUUUGAGAUCAGCUCAGCUGAUGCUACAGUGAAGAUCCUCAUCACAACAGUCCCUCCCAACCUGCGCAAGCUCGACCCUGAACUCCACUUGGACAUCAAAGUGCUGCAGAGUGCCCUAGCUGCCAUUCGCCAUGCUCGCUGGUUUGAGGAGAACGCCUCACACUCAACGGUGAAGGUUCUGAUCCGCUUGUUGAAGGAUCUGCGGGUGCGGUUUCCUGGCUUUGAGCCUCUUACUCCCUGGAUUUUGGACCUCCUGGGGCACUCGGCUGUUAUGAAUAACCCCUCCAGACAGCCACUUUCGCUCAACCUUGCAUACAGACGCUGUCUCCAGAUGCUAGCGGCAGGGCUUUUUCUGCCGGGGUCUGUAGGCAUCACUGACCCAUGUGAGAGUGGAAACUUCCGCAUACACACUGUAAUGACCCUGGAGCAGCAGGAUAUGGUGUGUUUUACUGCUCAGACACUGGUGAGGGUUCUUUCCCAUGGUGGCUACAGGAAGAUAUUAGGACUUGAAGGAGAUGCCAGUUACCUGGCUUCGGAGAUGUCCACAUGGGACGGUGUGAUUGUCACGCCAUCUGAGAAAGCCUAUGAGAAACCUCCAGAGCGUAAAGAAGAUGAUGACGAGGCUUUGGAAGAAGGAGGAGAAGGAGAGGAUGAAAGCAUGGAGACACAGGAGUGAAACUCAAAGGGGUCACAGACUAAGCCAGAUCUUGUCAUAUAGGCUGUUUAUUGUUUUUAAGUAUUGAGGCGGAAAAAGUUUAGUGGAGGAAAUAAUUGAUUUUCCAUAGUGGAUUUGAACUGAUCUAAAGUGGAUCAUGGCAAAAUGUGUUUUAUUGUUUAUUACAGUUUCUGUUUUUCUCCUCCAGUGUUUGUCCUCAUCCCCCUUCACUGCAGGAAACCGUAUUUGUGCUGUUUGUCGAUUCAGCCACCAUCUUGUGUUUAAACUGAGGAGGGGAGUCAAGUUCUCCACCUUCAUGUUCUGUUCUAUUUUUACUUUGUAUCCAUCACUGAUAAAUUAAAGUUGUUUUUUUUUUU